AUGCUGUCCUGGAAGACCCUCUCACUAUUUGUCGCCGCCGCCGCUGCCAUGAACGGCGUCACUGCCAUUGAGCAGGGAUACGGUGGUGGCGUGAACGUGCCAUCGGUCACUACGGCGACGCCCGCGGACGAGUCGGUCGUUCAGGAAACGCCAGCGUCAGUAGAUGCGUCGUCGGCUGUUGACCUUAGCACCGAAUCAAACUCAGCGGCCACAUCGUACCCUAGCAAGACACAGCUCUUCCGAGCGGCUCCGGCAGCAACGGGCACCUCAACCCCAACUCCCGGCAAGACGGGUAUCACCUCGAGUAGCUCGGGAGGUCCCGACCUGUACACCGGCAGUGCCGUAGAGGGAUCAAGUGCCAUUGAUCAGGGUUCGUACGGCAGUGACACGUCGUCAACCACUUCGGGCUCCUCAACGUCCGACGAGACGCCCUCGCUUACGGGUAGCUCUGCGACCGGCAGUGACGUUGCGAGCUCGUCGGCUAUUGAGACGAGUGCAUCGGGAUCCGCGCCGUGCGAGGGAUCCCUAUCGCUAGCAGGCAGUUCGGCGGACUCGAGUGACAGCCAGAAUACGCAAGGAUCGGCGACUCAGAGCCAGGGUAGUGACGCAACUACCCCAGCCGGCAGUGAGGCCACCACCCCUACGAGCGAGGCUGGCAGUGCAGCUACGAUUCCUACCAGUGAGGCCGGAAGCGAGGCUACCACCCCAACAAGUUCAACCGGCAGUGACUCGAAUUGUCACGAAGUAGCGAGGAAGCGUAGGAGCGUAGACGGCGAGUACGGCGCCGUAGACAGUUGUAGGGGAGGAGGGGAGUUGCUGCUCGAAAGCAAAUUGAGAAGUGAUUAA